UCCCUGUGGGAAUGGACACCGCAAAACUUCGAAACACCAAGCAAAGCUUAGUGGGAAGCUGGAACAGGUGCUCACUUACCAACGGCUGUGUGAGGUCAAAAACACAUACCAUCACAAGAGCAUAUGGAGAGCCAUUGGAAUGUGGGCGGCUUCCCUAGUCUCGCAAGAGAUAGCCUCACGGGUCAAAGAUGCCGGCUGGGUUGCUCCGAAGGCGGAGCUUUAAACGUUGCCAACCAGUCGCAAGAUGGACGGUCGAGGUCUUCAGAGAAAGUGCAACCAUCAUCCCCUGCGGGUCUGUGAGCUGGCUUCCAGCCUCAACCUUUUUGUUCUUGUCGUCGACACUGAGUGCGGAUCCGUGGUGGGUGAUUCUGACGUUCAUCAAGUCGGUGCCGUUACUUAUUGAUGGAAAACAGACCGUGGACGAAUUAGUCAAUCAUGGUUGCAGUCGAAGACUGUUUCGGGAGAACUUUCCAAAGAGUGGCCGAGGGGUGGACAUCUGCGAGCAUUCUACACCGUUCGGAAGUCGUACGGGUUUCCAACUUCACAGCCAAUGCCAGGUCUUGCGCCAAGGGAAAUCAUCUUGAAGCUACAAGCAGCAGGCAUGAACAACAAUUUUCUAUGGGUGGAGCAUUCCCGUAACAAUUUCGAUUAUCGACAUUUGAUAGCUCUAACUCCGCCUGAUCGUACUCCCAUCGCCCGACAACGUCUAGUACUCAAAG